UUCAAUUUCCAGUCGAUAAACCUUAAGCUCUCUCCGUCGUCUUCAUCCUCUCUGCUUGCCGUUUUCAUCGAUUAUCAUCGAGAGAGAAGAUUAAAUCGGUUGUAAGAAUGGGUUACAAGAGGAAGAGAGGUGAUGGUGAGGGUGAAGAAAUGGAAGCAGAAGAUCGUGGAAGACCUAGUUUUAACGGGACGGAGAAGAGGAAUGUUAUACUUCCUUCGAUGAUUAAGAACAAAGAUAAGAGAUCUAAAGUGUAUGCGAAGCAGAAACAUGAAAAGAAAUUGGAAAAGCAGAAGAAGAUUAAGGCUCGUGACGCUGCUGAGAAACGAGCUCUAGAGCUUGGCGAGGAGCCUCCACAAAAGAUGAUUCCGCGGACAAUUGAGAAUACUAGAGAAUCUGAUGAAACCAUUUGUAGACCUGACGACGAAGAAUUGUUUGCGGAAAUCGAUGCUGAUGAAUUUAAUCCAGUCCUGAGACGUGAGAUCACACCUAAGGUCUUGAUCACAACAUGUCGCUUCAAUUCCACUAGAGGACCUGCAUUUAUAUCUGAGUUGCUCUCGGUGAUACCAAACUCUCAUUAUCAGAAAAGAGGAACUUAUGAUCUGAAAAAGAUCGUAGAGUACGCAACAAAGAAAGAUUUUACAUCUCUCAUUGUCGUUCACACACGUCGAAGAGAACCUGAUGCGCUCCUUAUCAUCGGUUUGCCAAAUGGUCCUACUGCUCAUUUCAAAUUGUCAAAUCUUGUUCUGAGGAAGGAUAUUAAGAAUCAUGGGAAUCCGACAAGCCAUGAACCGGAACUGGUUUUGAAUAACUUUACAACGCGUUUAGGAAAUCGUGUUGGGAGAUUUUUUCAAUCACUCUUCCCUCAAGAACCUAAUUUCCGUGGUAGGAGAGUUGUAACAUUCCACAACCAGCGUGACUUUAUAUUUUUCAGACAUCAUCGUUACAUAUUCGAGACAAAAGAAAGCAAACAAAGUGGUACGAAAGGAAAAGAGAGUGUUGUUGGAGAGAAAGUAAAAGCUCGUCUUCAGGAAUGUGGUCCUCGAUUCACGCUUAAGCUAGUUACUUUACAGCAUGGAACUUUUGACACCAAAGGCGGAGAAUUUGAAUGGGUUCAUAAGCCUGAGAUGGACACUAGCAGGAGGAGGUUCUUCUUAUGAAUUUUGCUGUCUUCGAGUUUCACCAAGUUUUUGUUUAUUUGUUUUUUAACCAACCAAAUUUGUAAGGUUAAAUCGUCUUUAAAUCUUCAUAUUUCUUCUCAGUAGCCAUCGAAACAAUUGUACCGACUUAUUUCAACAAUACAGGUCCUCGUGUUUGAUUCGAA